AUGGGGACCCUGGGUGCCUGUCUUCGCCUGCGCUCUCCACCCGCCUAUUCGAUGGAACAGCCGGAAAUUACAGUGCCACUCGAUUCAAUCAGGGCCCCAUCGGGCAUGAAGAGGGCCACAAGUGAAAAUUCCGGUGGUAGCACAGGCGAGAGCAGCGGCCAUAACACGCCCGAGAACGACGAGCAGCCGUUUCCGCCACAUAAGCGCCUGCUUUCGGGAGCCGACGACAAAGGAGAAAGCGACACCGAAGAACUUAGGCAAAGAAUGAACGGUUGCGCGCGUGAACCGAUUGAUCUCGAAAAAGAGGAGAAGAUCGCGAUUCUGGACUUUGGUGCUCAAUAUGGAAAGGUCAUUGAUCGUCGUGUUCGUGAGAACAAGGUGCUUUCGGAGAUGUUCCCCCUUUCGACGAGUGCCAAGGAAAUCCUCGGCAAGGGACAUUUCAAAGGGAUCAUCAUCUCCGGCGGCCCCAACUCUGUCUAUGCCGCUACAGCAGCUUCGAUUGACCCCGAAAUCUUCACCUGUGGUUUGCCGGUGCUGGGAAUCUGCUACGGCUUCCAGUUGCUCAACAAGUGGGCGGGUGGCGGAGUUGGCCGAGAAAAAGUGCGCGAAGAUGGGCAAACAAUAAUUCAAGUCGAUCCAGAAUGUACGCUUUUCAAGGGACUACAACCGCUGGAAACAGUCCUUUUAACCCAUGGCGAUUCUGUCAAUGAAUCUACUGUGGCGGCCGGGUUCAAGGUUGUCGCGAAAAGCGGACAGCAUGUUGCCGGGCUUGCCGAUGAGGGUCGCAAACUCUAUGGAGUACAAUUUCACCCUGAAGUCGAUCUCACAUUGCAUGGGCACGAAAUGUUCAAAAACUUCCUCUACGAAAUUUGUAAAUGUCAUGGCGGAUAUACGAUGCAAAAUCGUGAAGAGAUGUGCAUCAGCGAGAUAAAGCAAACUGUUGGAGCAGUGGACAAAGUUUUGGUCCUCGUCUCCGGUGGCGUAGACUCGGCAGUUUGCGCAGCCCUCCUUCACAAAGCGCUGGGAAAGGACAGAGUCACGGCCAUUCACAUCGACAACGGCUUCAUGCGCUAUAACGAGUCCGAUAAUGUCAUUGCCAGCCUAAAUGCGUUGAACUUGAAUGUUUACAGGUACAACUGCUGGCCAGAGUUCUAUUCCGGAACGAUCAACAAUGACCACGACAAGCGCGCGAUCAAGUUGGACCAGACUAUCGACCCGGAGAUCAAGCGGCAAAUCAUCGGGAAUACUUUUAUUCGAGUGAAGGACAGGAUUAUGAAGGAUCUGAAGCUGAAGCCAGAAGAAUACUUCCUGGCCCAAGGGACUCUUCGACCGGAUCUCAUUGAAAGCGCCUCUGCCUUGGCCAGCGGGCACGCUGACGCCAUCAAGACACAUCACAACGACACAGCACUGGUUCGAGAGCUGCGGAAAACGGGCAGGGUCAUUGAGCCUUUGAAAGACUUUCACAAGGAUGAGGUCCGCGAACUCGGCAAGGAUCUAGGACUCCCCGAAGCAAUCGUUCAUCGGCAACCCUUCCCCGGUCCCGGCUUGGCGAUUCGAAUAAUUUGCGCCGAGAAUCCUUACAAAUGCGACGACUUCCUCGAAACGCAAGCAAAUUUGCAAAUCCUGGCUAAUAUCGCUAAAGAAUGCAAGACUGAAGAGGAUAUCAAGAGACGGUUUGCCCUCACUACCCUUCUAGCGGGAUGGAUGGACCUUUCUACUCUCGUUGGCCCUGUGGAUCCCAUCCACACUACGCUACUCCCGGUGCGAACGGUCGGUGUACAGGGCGACAGUCGUUCAUACUCGUACGUUGCCGCUCUCUCAUGCAAGACACAACCCAUUCCCUGGCUGUUCUUCGAAAAGCUGGCAGCCCUGAUCCCGAAGGUGCUCCAUAACAUCAAUAGGGUAGUCUACGUUUUCGGCAACCCAAUUCGACAUGACAUCGAGAAGAUUACGGUCACCCACCUGACUCGCCAAAAUGUCCUGAAACUGCAGAUGGCAGAUAAACUGGCUAACGAGUGCCUUUUUGGUAGCUCUGGAAAUGCUUCAUUAGCACUGAGCGAUGUCUCGAGGAAAAUCCAGCAGAUGCCCGUGGUGAUGCUGCCCAUUCACUUUGAUCGAGACCCCUUGGUGCAGCCGACUUCAUAUCAGCAUUCAUUCUGCUUGCGCCCAUUCAUCACCGCGGACUUCAUGACGGGUCGAGCCGCGUUGCCGGGGCGAGACAUUCCCGAAGAGAAUGUGCUGAUGAUGGAGAAGCGGAUCCUCUCAGGCGUUCCAUCAACUUCUCGCAGCAAGCAGGCAAUGUCAAGCAAAUGCCCGCUGUGCCGUCAAAGCUGCUCAGCAAGCGGAGUGCGCAAGGUAUUCUUGGAAGUGAGCUCGGACGACACGCAGCAAUUCCCCGACAGCCCAGCCAGCUCCAACGCACGACUGACGGCCAAGCUGGAAAAAGUUGAAGAGGAGUUGGCCGAACAAAAACGAAAAGAUUCCGAGAUCCGCUUCGAAUACGACAAAUUAAGGAAGGAACGGACGGCCCUAAAUGUCCAGCAUCGGCGAGAUGCCCUUCAAAUCGACCAGCUGAACAGCCGUGUGCUGCGCUCCAAACAAGAAACCGAGGAACUGAGAUCGAUGAUCAUCGAUCUGAAACAUGAUAAUAAGGAGCUGGCCGAGACGCGUCAAUUGUUGCAGGCCUCGGAAUUUUACAAGAAACUGGCUAGCGGGCGAAACCCGGCCGAUGUUAUCAAGGCGCAGAUGCCAAACGACAAAAACGGAGUGGUCAUGGAGAUGAUUAUCAACAACUACAACGCUGAGAAAACCGAGCGUAAACGGGCGGUUGACGCUUUGGAGGCCACGAAGCGGGAGCUCACAGAGACCGUCGCAAAGAAGCGGCAGCUUGAAGAGCUUGUCCGACAACUCCGGGCUGAACUCAAGGAUGCUGGAGUCUCAUCGCCGGCAAAUCCCCAACUGAGAAAAGUGUUGGAACGAAGCCCACAACGCCGUGAUUCAUUGGAAUUUGUGGCUGGCCCUCCUACGGAUGCCGUCAUCAACUCCAUCAUGCGAAACCGGAAACCCAUCGGCACUUUUGCUCCGGCCCGCAAACGGCUCAACAUUUUCGAUGAGCUCUCUUCUACUCCAAGCACGUCUAAAAAAGCGAAAGCCGGCUCGUCCCAGGAUUUAUUCGGGAAUGACGAUGAGAAUGUGUACGUUCCGCUGCAGGUCCGCCAGCGGGUCCAGGAACAAAACAAGACAACAAAAGAAGCCGUCAAGGUUCCGUCGAACGGCCUCGGCGGGAUCUUCAGGCCCGCAGAGCGUGUGCUCAACCGACUAGCACAACGUGAUGAUUCGGACUCGCCAGUGAUCCGCCGCGCACCGACACUGCUGCACAAAAAUACUCGAAACGUUGUUGCCGCAUCUUCUGCUCAAUCAAUCAUGAAGCCGCGCCCAAUGAAGGAACUCUCUCGACUGGGAAACGACACCAUCGUCCUUGAAGAUGAU